UCUCAGCAGUUUGUGUGGUGCGUCAGAUGGCGCUGCCUACAUGCGGAAGAGAAACCAAGGAACGCCGAGAAUGUCACGAAUCAGAAGCCUGCAGCCGUCGUGCUUUUCUUCUCACUCAGUCGGUGUAUUUUAUUAAAAGGAGCUCAAGAACUAGGGCUUGGGCUGGUAACAUGGGUUAGCUUAGGUCUGGUUGAGGUAAAAUACGGUGACAUAGUUUUGUAUCUUCUGCGUCUCCACCGGGAAAAUGAAGUGUAUGCCCGGUUCGUUUCAGGUGCACGCCGCAUCCAACGGGCAUUUUACCAUCUACAUUUCUAAGAUCACAAGCGAUUGCCAACCCGAUGCAUCCCUUCAGUUCACUUCGGUCCCAGUUUACAGAUACUGACAUGGAAUAUGAGAGGCCUAAUGUCGAGACCAUUAAAUGUGUGGUAGUGGGGGACAAUGCUGUGGGCAAAACGCGGCUGAUCUGUGCCCGAGCAUGUAACGCCACUCUUACGCAGUACCAGCUCCUCGCCACGCAUGUGCCCACUGUCUGGGCCAUUGACCAGUAUAGAGUCUGUCAAGAGGUUCUGGAGCGCUCCAGAGAUGUAGUGGAUGAUGUAAGUGUGUCUCUUCGAUUAUGGGACACUUUUGGAGACCACCACAAAGACCGGCGCUUUGCUUACGGCAGGUCAGACGUGGUGGUCCUGUGCUUCUCCAUCGCCAACCCCAAUUCUCUCUUUCACGUGAAAACUAUGUGGUACCCAGAGAUCAAGCACUUCUGCCCUCGUGCCCCAGUCAUCCUGGUGGGCUGCCAGUUAGACCUGCGUUACGCUGACCUGGAGGCUGUUAAUCGGGCACGGAGGCCUCUUGCCAGACCCAUCAAAGCAAAUGAGAUUCUUCCUCCUGAGAAGGGUCGUGAGGUGGCCAAAGAACUGGGUGUGCCGUACUACGAGACCAGCGUUGUGGCUCAGUUUGGAGUGAAGGACGUGUUUGACAAUGCCAUUCGCGCUGCUCUCAUCUCACGGCGCCACCUGCAGUUCUGGAAGUCUCACUUGAGGGACGUCCAACGGCCCCUUUUGCAGGCACCUUUCCUGCCUCCAAAGCCUCCUCCACCUGUUAUAGUCAUCCCGCCGCCUCCUUCCACCACUGAGGAGCACCCGGCCCGGCUGCUGGAGGAGCCGCUGUGUGCUGAUGUGGUUCUGGUUCUCCAAAAGCACCAGCGAGUCUUCGCUCAUAAGGUCUACCUCGCCACGGCCUCUUCGAAAUUCUACGACCUUUUUCUCCAGGAUGUGAAGGCUGAGGCUGAUGGGAAGCAACCUCCCGGAUGGGAGCCCCCUACACGGGCGGCCAGCUUUGACAUGUGUGAGAGCAGUGAUGAAGAUAGCAGGGUCAACCUCAGGGCCUGCAUCAGUGACGGGACCCUGAUCGGCGCAGACUCCGAUGGGAUACUGGAGGGUGGCUGCGGGGGGCGGCUUUUGUCGUCUUUGGGUCGGGCUUUCGUCAGCAUCAGGAGAGAAACGGUCCAGGACCCCGUCACAUUCAUCUCCCGGCCGAUGACGGUGGUGCACAUGGACCCUUCGGUGUUGCUCGGGCCGUUUCGCGUGGUCAUGCGUUACCUAUACACUGGACAGUUGGACGAGCACGAGAAGGACCUAAUGCAAAUCGCCCACAUCGCCGAGUUGCUGGAAGUGUUCGACUUGCGCAUGAUGGUCGCCAACAUCCUGAAUGACGAGGCCUUCAUGAACCAAGAGAUCACAAAGGCUUUCCAUGUGCGACGGACCAAUCGGGUGAAGGAAUGCCUGGCUAAAGGAACUUUCUCAGAUGUGGUGUUUAAACUGGAUGAUGGUACCGUUCAGGCCCAUAAACCUCUACUCAUCUCUAGCUGUGAUUGGAUGGCAGCCAUGUUUGGUGGGCCUUUUGUCGAGAGCUGUACUAAAGAGGUGUUGUUCCCAAACACGACCCGCAGUAGUAUGCAGGCGGUGCUGGAGUAUCUCUACACGGGACGCUUCUGCUCCAGACCUGACCUGGACGCCAUGGAGCUCAUCAUCUUGGCCAAUCGCCUCUGCUUGCCUCACCUGGUCGCUCUCACAGAGCUCCAUACUGUGACAGUUCUGAAGGAGGCUGCUGACCUGGGCACGGACAUUGACGGAGAUGUGCUGGUAUAUUUGGAGAUGGCUCAGUUCCACUGUGCCUACCAGCUCACCGAUUGGUGCCUUCACCACAUCUGCACCAACUACAACAACGUGUGCCGCAAAUUCCCCAGGGACAUGAGGGCCAAAUCAGCAGAGAACCAAGAAUACUUCGAGAAGCACCGCUGGCCUCCGGUCUGGUACCUGAAGGAGGACGACCACUACCAGAGAGCACGGAAGGAGCGGGAAAAGGAGGACUACCUGUCGCAGAAGCGGCAGAGCAAGCGUAAAUGGGUGCUGUGGAAUCUUCCGCCCUCCCCUACAAACCCCUCUUCAUCUUCCUCAUCGUCCUCAUCCUCAGGCUCCUCUGCUAUCAUCUGAAGAGACGAGGAGGAAACCGUAAGGUUUCUGUAAGGUACCUUACAGAAACUAUGAGGUGCAGUGAACAUAUCUUCUUUGACAAGUCCUGCUCUUAACACAGGGUUGAAAUCACUGCUGGUUUCAGAUCAACAUCUCAUCAACUGUGCUUUGAAAUUCAUGGUGCUUGAAGUCACGUAGGGCAUGGCCGCCAAACAGGUCCAAAAGUUAAAAUGUUUACCAAAUGUGACUAUAGUUGUUCUGCUUGCAUAAAACAGGUAGACAUCUCAUCUCAAAACAAUGAAGAAACCCUCGGUGUAUUAUAUUGAUCUAGAUCAGUGGUUCCCAACAUCGUGCCAAAAUGGUUCAUCAUACAAAAAUCAAUUGAUUUAAACACUGUGUGAAUAUAAAUAAUAUUAUUUAUAUACUUUCACAGUAUUUAUUAACAUAAUGAUUUAGCGUUUAUUUUCAUGUUUUUUUUUUUAGUUUUCAUUUGAGUUUAUUUUUUUUGAUAACACUUUACAAUAGGUUUCCAUUUGUUAACAUGAACUAACAAUGAAAACUACUUCUAAAGCAUUUAUUAAUCUUAGUUAAUGUUAAUUUUAACAUUUACUAAUACAUUAUAAAAAAUCAAAAGUUGUAUCUUUAUUAUUUAAUGGACCUGAGUGAACUAACAAUGAUUUUUUUUUAAAAUAAUGUUAACAAAGAUUAAUAAAUCUGUAACAAAUGUAUUGCUCAUUGUUAAUGUUAAUUAAUGCAUUUACUAAUAUAUAUUUCAUUAGCUUUAAUUUAAUUUUAUUUUGGCAAAUAUAUAUAUAUAUAUAUAUAUAUAUAUAUAUAUAUAUAUUAUUUUGGUAAUUUGGCAAUUUUGGAAAAAAAACAUUAACGGGACUUUAUUGUAAAUAAAUGUUUUUAUAUAUAUAUAAAUUUCUUUAGCUUUGACUUUUGCAACUAACCAAAAUAGGUUUAAGUUUACUGAUAUUUGUUUUAUUUAAGCUUUAUUUCAGUUACUAACAACAUUUUAAUAGUUUUAGUUAAAAUAACAACGCUGGUUUGGGCAGACAUUGAUGUUAAAGUUUAAUAGUUGUUUUAUCCUCACCCACCAAUUGAGAACCACUGAUCUAAAACAAUUUCGCCUCAAAGCAGAACUGUGGGAAUACUGAACAGUCACCCAAAGAACAAAACUAAACCUGUUUGUACAGAUCACUGUGCAUUUUUAGCCAAUAAUAAUAUUCUUAAUUUUUUAGCAUUGUACCUACAAUGACUCUUCGUGAUUCGUCCCCUGAAUCAUAUCAUAUAUAUUCUCCUGAUUAUAACAGGCAUGACCGUCAGGUGAUCACUAGACUCUAGUGCUGAAAUUAUAUAGCGGAAAAUGUGAGUUUGCCAUGAAAUUGUGCCUAGUCCUGUUGUUCUGAGAUGUCAUGGCGAGAUUCUGCUGGCAGAGUCUUCCUGUGUGAGUUCCUCACUAGACGGUCAUCAAGCUUAUAUUUUUCACUACAGCGUAGUUUGGAUAUUGAAUUGAGUGGCAAAACAUUUACACAUAUAGUAAAGGCAGAAAUUUUCUUAAAUUUCAUGUGAAUACAGGGAUAGUUCACCCAAAAGUUAUUCUGUCAUUGAUUAUUCAUCCUCAUGUCGUUCUAAACCUGUAUGACUUUUUCUUCCGUGGAGGAAAUGCAAAAAAAAAAACGCCUUUUGUUUUCCACAGAAGUCACAAGGUUUCCACAAAUCACAGGUUUGGAGUUAAUAUGAGGGUGAGUAAAUGACGAUGUAUUUCUGAGUGCACUGUCCCUUUAACUGUCUUGAGUUUUGUGUGAGAUCUAGAGCUUGUGGUAAUCCUGUUUCAUGUCUUAACUGUCUUUGAGAUGUAAUUUAGUCUUGGUACUGAAUGCAUAAUGUCACACAAUCAGUGGUGGUUCUGUAAUUAACUAAACUGUAAUGAAAGGAAAUGCUUAUCAAUAUUUAAAUUGAAUUAUAAUAGCAAAAAUGAUUAGUUUUGCUUAAUAAAUUUUUGAAUUAAAAGUG